AUGUCAACUGAAUCGACUGAGCCUGUCGUUGAAACAAGCAGUCCCCCUCCCUCCCGUCCUUCGACUCCUCCUUCCUCUCGCCGCGACCUUCAACCCAUCGUUCCCACUCGCUUCGACCCAGACCAACCUCUUCGCAAGCCCAGACAGCGAAAGAAGAACAUGGUCGACCCCAAUCCCACACCCCAGCCGCCUGCGGGCACCCGCACUUCUCCAGUCGAGCAGAGCCCCCCGGGAGAUGUCGCGCCCACGGCGCCCGGGACUGCCAUCGCUCUCACCUUGGAUCAAGUCCUCAAGAUGAUCGAUUACUCGAUGGGAAAGCAGCAGCAAGUCUUCACACAGGCGUUGCGAGAAGUCUUCCCUGCUCCUCAGGCGACGCCACCCAGGUCCCCAGAGGUCGCCGCCCGCGACAUUCGCAAGCUACGCGAAGAGGGAAUCAAGUUGCUACUGGCACCUCAUAGCAACCUCACCCCACGAGAGGCGUUCACGGCCGUGGGCAUGACGGAGUCCGAGGCAGCAGAGACGGCUCUAUCUCUACGACCAUCCGAGAUGACUUUCCCAAGUCCUCCUCAAUCUCAGCACAGCGUCUCCCCCCGAGGAUCUCCCGACAAUCAUCACGAGGGCACUUCCCACCGCAAUGGCUCAGCCGGCACGGACUACUCAUCCCGAGGCCCAGCACCCCACCAGCGUUUCGAGCGACGAGGCCCCGAUCAACGACCUCAGUCCUACGAAGCCAAUCCUCAUGAGCAGGAGCGACCACCCCGACGAGACUUACCGAUGGACAACUCGUCUCGACCCCCUCCGGUCAAGCCAGAAGACUUGGGUCAGUUCGACGGCAGCUCCACUUCUUACGGGAUAUGGAUGUCAACCAUCACGGCCUACAUCCACUUCCGCCCAAACGAUCAGGCCUGGCAUGACGCCAUCGUCCGCUGCAUUCCGUUCUGCCUCAAAGAAGGUGCUCGCUUCUGGUACACUACGCUCGACGACGAGUCCAGGUCGAACUUGCGUAGCUGGGAUCGAUGGGUCGCCGAGAUGAAUCUCGCCUUCCGUCCGAAUCCCACGGUCCUUGCAGACCUUGCCGAAGCCAGGAAGUGGGAUGGCAUAGAAGACAUCAGCCUGUACUACUACGCCAAGCUGGCCUUACUACGCCAAGCAUACCCUGACAGGCCAGUCAACUCUUUCGCUCGCCAGAUCAAAGCAGGGCUGCCUCAGGAAUGCCAAGGCAUGGUGCGCACAGUCAUGAGCCACAACCCAGAGCUGAAGUACCUCCUCAACGAACUCCGUGAGCAGGAGGACACCUUCAAGAAGAUGAUCGCAAACCAGAAGAAGAUUGACUCGAUUCCCAUGAGGGGAAACACCAAUCUGACUCCGUCUUCCGCGCCCAGUACGUUGGCUCCCAUGGUCACCACAACGGUUCGACAGGAGACCACCCGAACAGCGUCAGCUCGUCGCUUCAACACAGCCGACUUGAAGGCCACGUUCCGCGCCGAUGGCUUGUUCAAGGAAGGAAAUACCGUGAAGUACCGAGUACCAGGAACCUCAGACGUAAUGGUCUUGAACCGCAACUGCAAGAUGUGCGACGCCGGACACUGGGAUUGGAUGCACGACCUUCUUCAGCCCAAAGGUUCCGUCAACGUAGCAGACGCCGAGCUCUUUUGGGUCGAACAGUGGGAUGAGCAGUCGCACCCAGCGACGGGAGACAAUCUCAACAAGAUGGCAACCAUUGAGGCACCCCCAUCUGCCAAGAUCACGGAGAUCCCAUCUCCCUCAGCAAAAAACUAG